GCGCUGCAAAAUGAUGGAUCGACAGCGCGUGGCCCAUACAUAGAAUGGGAACACCGCCAAAGGUUAUAUCCAUACCACAUAGGGUCAUUUAUCUACAUAAUUUCCUCGCAUGUAGAUGCAUACACUGUACAGCAGAAGAAAGGUGCACGGGGAGGAUUUGCUCUACGACGCGGGGGCUUCAUACCGCAUGCAGGUACUUAGCAGCGGCAAAAUAAAACAGUUCGCGGAAGGUCUGUACUAUGUUUUUUACAGAUGUGAGAUUUAUAAGCAAGCUAGCGAGAAACAAACUUAACAAGAGGAGAAGCUGGAUCAAGCGAAAUAAAAAAUGGAUGCUACCUAAGGUUGAGAAAUCGUACCUGAAACAGGAGCAAGACUUCGUCGUGCAGCACAAGACUGUGCCCCAGGGAGGGGGGUCCCAUGCAGGGAAGGAAGCCACGCGAGGUGAGGUAAAAUAUGAAGAAGGCAAAACUGGGGAAGCACCCAGUGACUUUAGACGCAUCCUAGAGGAGACAACCCGAAAGGAAAAAAAACAUUUAAAACCUCAUGAGUAUAAGAAGCUGCUGAAGCGUAAGGUUGGCAGUGGCGCCACCCCUAAUGAUGACAAGCUACAGUUAAAGCACCUCCUACGUAGUGGCAAAGGGGAAAAAACACACAAGGGGAUGCAAAUAGACAUAAAAGACUACCAAGAUGAUGAGAAGGAAAGGAAGAAAAACGAAAUGAACACAUUUUGGUACAUGCCAAAUCCCUUUGAAAAAAAAGGGGUAUACGGAAUGAAAGAAAAUUCUUUUUACAAAUCAUUUAUGAGAGACAGGGAGAGACAACUGGACUACAUCAACACGAGCAAGUUAAACGAAAGUGAGCAAAAGUUACUCAAUGAAAUGCGAAAAAGGGGAAACAAUGUUAGCGGAGAACUGCUCAACGAGAGUGUAACUCCCCUGGAUGGGAACCAAAAAAGAGAAAAAAAAAUCCGCAUUAAUCCCAAAAAAUACUGGUUUGAUGAUGCGUACCGUUCGCCAGAUAUCCCCACCUUGAGCAGCGUCAAAGCAAGGGAACUGAGAUUCCUCAUGAUGAACGAGGCUAAGCUAGUUAGGAAGGGCAAACCUGUUGACGUAGAAUUAUGGCUAGCUUUUAUGAACCGAGUGGUGAAUCUGUCCAGCAAGGUACACGUACGGAGUCUCCUUCGAUAUUUACAAACCAUUGCAUCUGUCAAGGUGAAGAACAAAAAAAUGAUAAGUGAAAUCCUGUGUGAAAUUUUAAAAAGAGAAAAUAUGAUGAAGCCAAAACAUUACGUCUAUCUAUUCCAAGGGUGCUCUAGAUUGAAGUGGUCAAACCUCCAAUUGAUCUAUGCGCUAAAAAACAUGACACUCUGUUGGCCCAUCCUGAGGAACAACUUCCUUGUGAAAUGUGCAAACUCGAUUAGCAAGCUGGGGUUGGCAAGCAGCCUGUACAGUAAGGCCUUUCAAAUUACGCUGAGCGAACGACUGGGCAAUUUCUCAGGCAAGAAUUUGAAGGCCAUCAAGGCCAUCACCUUUUUGGAGCUUUUCACUGAGGAGAUGAUUUGCAAGUUCAUUUCGCUUGCCUGUUUUUACAGAGAACAUUUUAACUACUACACGCGCCACCUGCAGGUGCUGCACCUGUACGUCACGCUGUUCUGCCCGUCCCUGUGCGACCGGCUGACGGGGGAGCAGCGGGCCUUCCUCUGGCGCUACUCGCGCGGCGCCAACUGGAAGGAGAUCCGCAGGAGGGGCGGCCGCGCGAGCAGCGGUGAAGAAAGCAGUGAUGAGGAGAGUGAUGAGCAAAGCGACCGGUGCAGCAGUGAUUCGGAGAGUGAUGAGGAACGCGGCGAGCAGAACGAUGAGCCACUGAGCGACCCGCCCCCCCAGCAGGGCGCCCAAAUAGGAGACAAAAUACGCGGCGGGUUCACAAGCACGCUACACAAAGAAAUCAGUAGCAUCCUCACGCUAAUAAAAAUAGAGCACCUGAAUUCGGUCGCCUGUGGACCAUUCAUAGUAGACAUAUAUCACCCCCCCUCAAAUUACAUCAUCGAGGCAAACGCCCCCUUCCAAUACUACCUUAACUCUGAAAGAUUAACCGCCCUGUCAGAAUGGAGGCACAAGUUCCUGGCGCGCAUGGGGUUUAGGCUCAUUCACAUUUCGCACAAGGUGUGGAACAGCCUGCCCACUGAGAAGCAGAGGGUGGAUUACCUGCUGCGCGUUUUGCCGGCGGGGAUGCUCGGCCGGGCGCACCCCGGUGGAAAGGACUCUACUGCGGAGUUUCCCAGUGAGGAAUACCCCGAUGAGGAGUUCCCAUGUGAGUUCCCCAAUGAGGAAUUCCCCUGCGAUGAACUCCACGAUGAGGAAUUCCCAUGUGAGCAGUUCCCAUGUGAGCAGUUCCCCCGUGAGGAGUACCCCGUUAGCAACCCCCCCCUUGGGGUAACCCCUUGCUAG